AUGAAUAACCCUGUAGAAGUUGUUGUGUCCCAUUUGAGGCGCAACGGAAAUUCGAAUGAAAUAAAACAUGACACACAGAACAAGUUUAUAAGGACAAGCGCCAACAUCAACCUGGACGAAGAUCAUGCUGAGUAUGUUAGUGAUGACCUCCGUGGAGAACUCCUCAUGAAGGGGGGUGUUGUCCCCCCCGCUCCAGGACAAAAAGGAGGGAAAAAAAGAAUGUUCAAAAUAAAAAAAAAAAAAUCGUUGACACCAUUGGACGAUAAUGAUAAUUUUUCCCACGGGGGGCAGGAGGCGAAAGUGUCGGAUGUGGCUCUACACUCAUUUACAAUAACAAGGAAGAAAAGACACUCGCCACAGUUGGGCAAGGGGGUCGUGGAGAGCUCCAAUAUCGAGCUAACCAGCAAAAUGAAGAACAAACUAAACCCCACGCUGUCCCUGGUUGCUGCCAAAGCCGUGGACGGCUUUCUCGGUGGAGUCCACAAACACUUGCAAGGGCCAUUUUCCCUAGACCUGGAUGGCACAAGUAACUCUCCUCUGGCCCCUCAGAUUGUUACUCCAAAUUUGUACUCAAACAUGAGCAACCCAUUCAAUAUGCACAACGGCAUACCUCCUGCGGGUGGCGCACCCCCCACGGCACCUGCCCCAAUGGCCCUUCCCACUCAAGGGGCACAAGUGCGCCUUCCCAAUACGCAGCCCCAACCCCCCAGUGUAACCACAGCAACAGGCGCGCCAGCGGCUACAGCCCCAAUUGCUCCUGCAGCCACACUCGCCACGAAUGCAGGAGUGCCUGCCCCCGCAGCGGGGAUCCAACUACCAGCCAACGCAAUGGCAUACCCACCAAUGAAUAUGCAAAAUCUUAUGUCUGCAAAUCAGAUGGCCCAAAACCCAGCCUUCAACAUACACCCCACUGCCACAAAUUUGAGGGAUGACCCAGGGAAUGUAAAUUAUAAUGAGGUGGUCACAAUAACGAUUGGAAUAAUCAUUUGCCUCUUCCUCUUCUGUUUCGUCUUUGGUUGUUUCGUGAAGAUGUGCAAGCCUGGGAAGAGACGCCGUUAA